UUUCCAUUAAAAGAAAAAAGUUGUCGAUGAAGAAGAAGAAGAUGAACAUCCUCCCAGAUAGAUUCGACGAAAAAGUAAAAUACCCACUUUGCUUCCAUCCAUCUAUAACCUCUUGCAAAAUCUCAUAACCCUAAAUAUUCCAUUUUCAAAUCUGGGUAUUUCUAUAUGACCCAUUUGAGGAUAUUUAUAUCAUCAAUCAAAUCAAUGUUGAUAGAGGGAGAUAUGAAUAGGGUUUUGAAGAUCAUGAUGAUGAUUCUUCUCUUCUCCACAUUCAAUCUUGCUGAUUUCACAGUCGGAUUACACUCAAAUAUGAAUGUUGUAGCUUCAACUUCAAUUCCUAGUGUAAUCAACAUUGGAUCUAUCUUCACAUUCGAUUCCACCAUUGGUAAAGUAGCCAAUUUAGCCAUUCAACAAGCUGUUCAUGACAUUAACUCCGAUUCAUCUCUUCUUCCCCAAACCAAACUUGUUCUUCAUGUUGAGAAUUCAAAUUGCAGUGGUUUUAUCGGUCUGGUUGGAGCUCUACAGUUUAUGGAAACUGAAAUCAUUGCAAUUAUUGGUCCUCAAUCUUCCGUUGUAGCUCAUAUGAUAUCUCAUAUCACAACUGAACUUCAUCUUCCUCUAUUGUCAUUUGCUGCUACUGAUCCAACUCUAUCAUCUCUUCAAUUCCCUUACUUUCUUAGAACAACUCACAGUGAUUUCUAUCAAAUGGCUGCCAUUGCAGAUAUUGUUGAUUAUUAUAGCUGGAAACAGGUUAUAGCUAUCUUUGUGGAUGAUGAUUAUGGGAGGAAUGGAAUUGCAGCUCUUGGAGAUUCUAUGGCAGCUAGACGGUGUAAGAUUUCGUAUAAAGUUGGGAUUCCUCCUGGUUCUGGAUUGAAUCGGAGUGAGAUUAUGGAUGUUCUUGUCAAAAUUCAGUUGAUGGAAUCGAGAAUUAUUGUUCUUCAUGUUCAUUCGGAUAUGGGUCUUUUGAUUUUCUCUGUGGCGGAGUAUCUUGAAAUGAUGAUUGAAGGUUACGUUUGGAUUGCCACGGAUUGGCUUUCUUCGGUUAUUGAUUCGAAUCCGACAGUUAAUGUUCCUUUCGAGAAGAUGCAAGGAGUUCUCGUCUUGCGUCAAUAUACUCCGGAGUCUGUUAAGAAGUCGGCGUUUUUGUCUAGAUGGAAGAAAUUGAGUCGGGAUUCUUCUAUCGGGCUUAAUUCAUAUGGGCUCUAUGCUUAUGAUUCUGUUUGGUUGCUUGCGAGGGCUUUGAAUUCGUUUCUCAAUCAGGGCGGAGUUAUUUCGUUUUCGAAGGAUCGUAAUGUACGUUCGGGAGGAGGUCUUAACGUCAAUACGGUUAAGGUUUUCGACGGAGGGCCGGAAUUGAUGAGUUUUAUACUUAAAAGCAAUUUCACAGGUUUAACCGGUUUGGUGAAGUUUGAACCGGAUAGAUCUCUGGUUAAUCCUGCUUAUGAUGUUAUAAAUGUGAUUGGAAAUGGGAUUCGACGUGUCGGGUAUUGGGCGAAUCGAACGGGUUUGUCGACUUUGGCUCCUGAGGAUUCGCGUAGGGUUAAUGGAUCGAAUAUGGACCCGAAAUUGUUAAGCGUUGUAUGGCCGGGGCAAACGACGGAUAAACCGAGGGGAUGGGUUUUUCCAAAUAAUGGGAAGUUAUUGCGGAUUGGGGUGCCGAGAAGGGCGAGUUAUCGCGAAUUUGUGUCGCAAGUAAAGGGAACUAAUAAUUUUAAAGGAUUUUGUAUUGAUGUCUUUCAGGCUGCUGUUAAUCUUCUACCUUAUGCUGUUCCUUAUCAGUUCAUUCCUUUUGGGAAUGGAAAUGAAAAUCCUAAUUAUAGGGAAUUAGUCAAUUUGGUGGCAACUGGUUAUUUUGAUGGUGCUGUUGGAGAUAUUGCUAUUGUUACAAAUAGGACAAAGAUUGUGGAUUUUACUCAACCGUUUGCUGCAUCGGGUCUUGUUGUGAUGACCUCGUUUAAGAAACAAAACUCGGGAGCUUGGGCUUUUCUUCGACCCUUCUCUCCGUUGAUGUGGGCUGUGACCGCGUCGUUCUUCCUUCUUGUCGGUGCUGUUAUAUGGAUUUUGGAGCAUAGGUUGAACGACGAAUUUCGUGGACCGCCUAGGAAACAGUUUAUAACUAUCUUAUGGUUUAGUCUAUCGACUCUCUUCUUUGCUCAUAGGGAGAGCACGGUGAGCACACUUGGACGAGGAGUGUUGCUUAUUUGGCUUUUUGUGGUUUUGAUAAUCAACUCGAGUUAUACAGCAAGUUUAACGUCAAUCCUGACUGUUCAACAAAUGAAUUCUCCGAUAAAAGGAGUCGAUGACUUAAAAACGAGCAAUGAUCGAAUAGGUUACCAAGUUGGCUCGUUUGCAGAACAUUACUUAACAGAGGAAAUUGGUAUACCGAAAUCUAGGCUCGUCGUGCUAGGAACACCGGAGGAGUACGCAAGAGCGUUACAACUAGGUCCUGAUAAUGGAGGCGUCAUUGCUGUUGUCGAUGAACGUCCUUACAUUGAGCUUUUCUUAUCGACCCAUUGUAAGUUCAGAACUGUCGGACAAGAAUUCACCAAAAGUGGCUGGGGCUUUGCAUUUCCUCGAGACUCUGCAUUGGCGGUUGACAUAUCAACAGCGAUUCUAACAUUAUCUGAGAACGGCGAUCUACAAAGAAUCCACGACAAGUGGUUGUCGAUGAGCAGUUGUAGCUUAGACGAAACAGAACUUGAAUCAGAUCAACUUCAUCUUUCCAGCUUUGUGGGGCUGUUUCUUAUCUGCGGGAUUGUUUGUUUAAUCGCGUUGAUAAUCUACUUUGGGCAGCUGUACAGACGGUAUCGAAGUGAAAGACAGGAAGAAGAUAAUACCUCCGAUGAUGGAGGGUCAACGAGUGUUGGUAGGAGGUCUAAACGGCUUCAGAGGUUGCUUUCAUUGAUGGAUGAGAAGAAAGGUAGGUCAGAUGGAGAGAAGAGGAAAGCAGUUGAAGAGGGAAAGAGAUGCAAAGAGGAGACAAAUUGACAUGUAGAAAUAAAGUUGUUAGGUCAAGUGUUGAUUAUUGUUGGAAGAGUUUACAUGAAUAAUCUAACUAUGAUAUAUAUAAGUCACAAUUGAAGUAAAAACCAAAAUAUAUUAUUAUCUAGUAGUAUCAAAGUAAGUAGUUU